AUGAGUGUCCCUGGGCCGCCUUCCCCGGACGGGGUCCUGGCAGGGCCACCCGAAGGCCUGGAGGCCGGGGACCUGACGCCGGGUUUAAGUGACACUUCUCCAGAUGAAGGGUUAAUAGAGGACUUGACCAUAGAAGACAAAGCUGUGGAACAGCUGGCAGAAGGCUUGCUUUCUCACUACUUGCCAGAUCUGCAGAGAUCAAAACAAGCUCUCCAGGAACUCACACAGAACCAAGUUGUAUUAUUAGACACACUGGAACAAGAAAUUUCAAAAUUUAAAGAAUGCCAUUCUAUGUUGGACAUUAAUGCUUUGUUCACUGAAGCUAAACACUAUCAUGCCAAGUUGGUGAAUAUAAGAAAAGAGAUGUUGAUGCUUCAUGAAAAGACAUCAAAGUUGAAAAAAAGAGCACUUAAACUGCAGCAGAAGAGACAAAAAGAAGAGCUGGAAAGGGAGCAGCAACGAGAGAAGGAAUUUGAAAGAGAAAAGCAGUUAACUGCCAAACCAGCUAAAAGGACGUGA